AUGACGACUCAGUGCUCUUCCGAGCUGUGUAUGCUCUUGAUCGAGGAUAACUUUGGAGAACUCUUCGCACGCAUCUUCACCGUUCUCCAACGCUAUGAACGACUCACGCUCCCUCGGUUAAAGUUCUAUUCGCGAUUGACUGAUCGCCAACUGAACAAUGGAAUCUCUGCUAUGAUCCAGCACCACCUCGUGUACCACUUUACCUCCCUCGAUGAAAAUAACACCUACUAUGAAGCCAACCCGCAAGCCGCAUACUCCCUUGUGCGCUCGGGAAAAGUUCUCCAACUUGUGGAAAGUCGAUUGGGAGAGUAUGCUGCCAAGGUAUUGGAAGCGAUCAUGUUCCUCGGUCACACUUCGAUCACCCACCUCGAAACCCUCCCCCAACUUCAACCGAAGCAACCCCUCACCAAUGGAGUCAACCAUGACGCGGAACAGGCAGAGACAAACGGGGACCAUGAAGAAGAGGCCGUUGAAACCAAUGGCAACCACUCUUCGAGCCAAAAGCCCGCCCGCCUUCACCCCACACUCAAAAGCCUUGCAUCCCACGGAUACAUUCAUCGAGUGCGGGAAGCACACUUCCAGAGCCCCAAUGAUAAUUGGCUUGAUGCGCAACGGAUUGUUUCUGGCCGGCCAGACGUUAAAGCAAUGAAAGGCAAGCAACAGCAGGCCGAGAUUGAGGAGAAGGCAAAGAACAUGGUUAAGGAACGAACGGAAGGAGAUCUUUCCCGUGGUCUCAUGUUUAAUGGCCUCCCUCAAGGUGUGAAAAGGAAGUUUGAAGGUACUUCGGCCUCAAAAGCGGAGAAUGGGACCAAUGGUGUCAACGGGGACCAUGCAGAGGACGAGCAAGACGAGGAAAACGAUUGGUCAGAGGAUGAAGAUGGCAUUGACUCCGCCCCAAUGGAUUCCAACCUCAUCGUUCGAGUGAAUUACGAGAAACUUGACGUGGCUCUUCGGAACGCGCAAAUCCUCGAACUUGCUAGACAAUAUGCACCUCCUACGUCACUUGAAAUUUAUGAUUGUCUCCUUCGGCGCAUUGAAUACCAAACACCCCGCUGCAGAGACACUUAUGAAAUUCCUCGCGAAGGCGAGGAAGGAGAACAGUAUUCCGCUCCAAUUCAGCUUAGUGCCAUUGUCGACGAUGUUGAUCCGAAUCUCGACCUUACAGGAUGUAUUGGGCCCAUGAAUCCCACAUCUACUGCGUCGAAUCGACGGAAAAGACCAUUAGAUGACGAGGCAAAUGGUGUUAAUGGCGACGACCACGGAGACGAGUCAACAGAGGUGAAUCGUGCUUAUCAGAUUGAUCAACACCUGAGUUAUCUCUCACAAGCCCCUUUCAAUCUCACCACAAAACACAACAUUGGUGGACUCGACACCUGGAGAAUCGCCUUCCGUGGCAUUGCUCGAAAGUUACGCCAUCUCGAAUUGGAGCGUAUGAUUGAGUCGCGUUACGGCGAUGUCGCACUACGGGUGAUCCGCGUUCUCCACGCAAAGGGUCGGUUAGACGAGAAGCGACUCCAGGAGAUCAGUCUGCUUCCCUUCAAGGACCUGCGCCAAACCCUUGCCAGCAUGCAAAAAGGCGGGUUUGUGGACUUGCAAGAAGUGCCGCGUGACGCGCAGCGCCAGCCCUCCAAGACCAUCUAUCUGUGGUACUAUGACCCAGACCGAGUGUGCAGCAGCAUCUUGGAAGACACGUACAAGGCUAUGUCACGAUGCUUGCAGCGCAUCAAGUUUGAGCGCGAACGUGAGAGAGAUUUCCUUGAAAAAACGGAGCGAACUGAUGUCAAGGGCCACGAGGAGGAGUUCCUGUCAGAAGCUGAACUGGAGCAUCUCCGCAAUUGGAAGGCCAAAGAAGCCCUCCUCCUGGCGGAAGUAUCUCGUUUGGAUGACAUGGUUGCUGUCUUCCGCGAUUAUUGA